CUACUGAUCUGAGAAAGGGGCGGGAAGUCUCAGAGGCUGGAGGCCAGAGGAGCAAGGUCAUUCUGGCAGGAAUGACCAGUAGGAAGUUCUGGCUGAGAGUUCCCCAACAGAGAGCUGGCCGACCCGCUACCCUCACAGGACUGGGCUGCAAAACAGCAUCGUCAGCACCAUGCUAUCACAGCUGAAGACCAAGGGAAUCUGUGACUCUUCUACUCCAAAUGGAAUUAUUGUCCUCAAAAGAGAGAAACCUAGACACGGCUAUGAAAAAGAAGGUAAUCCACAGAACAAUCUGCGGAAAGAAGCUACAGUCCUUGGAAUUAUCCAGAUCCUGUGUUGCCUGUUGAUUUCAAGUUUGGGGGCCAUUUUGGUUUCUGGUCCCUACUCUUCCCACGUCAAGCCAACAAUUUCCACCAUUUUGAUGUCUGGGUACCCAUUUGUAGGAGCUCUAUGUUUUGCCAUUACGGGAUCCCUCUGCAUUAUUUCUGGGAAAAAGUCAACUAAACCCUUUGCCAUGAGCAGCCUGACCUCAAACGUGGUGAGUUCUCUCGCCGCUGGAGUAGGCCUCUUCCUCCUUGCUGAUGGCCUGGUAGCCCUGGGGACUGUCUCUCAACGCUGUGACUCAGAAAGGGAAUAUCUAUCCUCCCUGCCUUAUUCGAUGUACUAUUACGCGAUAUAUGAAUUCAAGGAAUGUCUCCUGGCUAGCGUCAGUCUGACGGGGCUGCUGGUGGUGAUGCUCAUCUUCACUGUGCUGGAGCUCCUGAUGGCUGCAUAUGCUUCUACUCUUUGGUGGAAACAGGUGCACUCCAACAACCCUGGGAGUGCAUUUUCCUUGCCUCUGUCACUAGGUCAUAUCCAACAGGCCAAAAACUCUUCCAGGUCAUGGAUAGGAGUAACACCUUAGAAGAAAAAGGAGGAGAAAUCCAGAGCUCCUGGAAAAGUGUGAUUAGACUUUCCUGAAAUUUCAACGACUUAGACACCAAAAUAAACUUUUAGAAAACAGCUUUUGUUUUGCA